AUGGAAGUGCUGCUGCUCUGCUUUCUCCCGUGGAUAUUGCCGGGCGUCUCGGUGCGAGCCGACUCCAUCAUCCACAUCGGUGCCAUCUUCGAGGGCAGCGCGGCGCGGGACGACGAGGUCUUCAAGCAGGCGGUGGCGGACCUGAGCCUCAACGAUGACAUCCUGCAGAGCGAGAAGAUCACCUACACCGUCAAGCUCAUAGAGGCCAACAACCCCUUCCACGCCGUGCAGGAAGCCUGUGACUUGAUGACCUUGGGAAUAUUAGCCUUAGUGACCUCCACUGGAUGUGCCUCCGCCAACGCCCUGCAGUCCUUGACAGAUGCCAUGCACAUCCCUCACCUCUUUGUGCAACGCAACACGGGAGGCUCCCCGCGGACGGCUUGCCACUUGAACCCCAGCCUCGAGGAGGAGGAAUACACGCUGGCGGCCAGGCCACCCGUUCGCCUCAAUGACGUGAUGCUGAAGCUGGUCACGGAGCUGCGGUGGCAAAAAUUUAUAGUGUUCUACGACAGCGAUUACGAUAUCCGUGGUUUGCAAGGAUUCUUGGACCAGGCUUCAAAGCUGGGACUUGACGUAUCUUUACAAAAAGUGGACAGAAAUAUCAGCAGGGUUUUUGCCAGCCUUUUUACAACGAUGAAAACAGAAGAGUUGAAUCGCUAUCGAGAUACGUUGAGGAGAGCGAUCUUACUUCUGAGUCCGAAGGGAGCACAAACGUUCAUAAAUGAGGCUGUCGAAACCAAUCUGGCAUCAAAGGACAGUCACUGGGUCUAUGUGAAUGAGGAAAUCAGUGACAAUGAGAUUUUAGAAUUGGUGCACAGUGCUCUUGGAAGGAUGACCGUCAUACGGCAGAUUUUCCCUAUGUCAAGAGAAAACAAUCAAAGGUGUAUGAGGAACAACCACCGGGUAUCUUCACUCCUCUGUGAUCCACAAGAAGGUUAUCUUCAAAUGCUACAGGUGUCCAACCUCUAUCUCUAUGACAGUGUGCUCAUGUUGGCCAACGCCUUCCAUAGAAAGCUGGAGGACAGGAAAUGGCACAGCAUGGCCAGCUUGAACUGUAUGAGGAAGUCCACCAAGCCUUGGAAUGGAGGCCGAUCCAUGCUGGAGACUAUUAAGAAGGGCCAUAUUACUGGACUCACAGGUGUUAUGGAGUUCAGAGAAGAUGGUGCCAACCCCUACGUCCAGUUUGAAAUACUUGGAACCAGCUACAGCGAAACAUUUGGCAAGGAUGUGCGGAGGUUGGCCACAUGGGAUUCUGAGAAGGGACUGAACGGCAGCCUGCAGGAACGACGUCUGGGCAGUGACUUACAAGGAUUAACACUGAAAGUGGUGACUGUCUUGGAAGAACCUUUCGUUAUGGUGGCUGAAAACAUUCUCGGGCAGCCCAAGCGUUAUAAAGGCUUUUCCAUCGAUGUCUUGGAUGCGCUUUCAAAGAAUCUGGGCUUCAAGUAUGAGAUCUAUCAAUCUCCGGACGGCAAGUACGGACAACAGCUCCAUAACAGCUCCUGGAAUGGCAUGAUUGGAGAACUUAUUAACAAGAGAGCUGAUUUGGCAAUCUCUGCCAUUACCAUAACACCAGAACGAGAGAGUGUUGUAGACUUCAGCAAGCGCUAUAUGGAUUAUUCCGUAGGGAUCCUAAUCAAGAAACCGGAAGAGAAGGUCAACAUCUUUUCUCUCUUCGCCCCCUUUGAUUUUGCGGUGUGGGCGUGUAUAGCUGCGGCCAUCCCUGUCGUUGGAGUCUUGAUCUUUGUGCUGAACCGAAUCCAGGCAGUGAGAGCUCAGCAUUCUUCUCAGCCUGUGGCCUCCACUUCCUCGACACUUCACAGUGCCAUUUGGAUAGUAUAUGGGGCCUUCGUUCAGCAAGGGGGUGAAUCUACAGUCAAUUCCAUGGCAAUGCGCAUUGUGAUGGGAAGUUGGUGGCUCUUCACCUUGAUUGUGUGUUCAUCCUACACAGCUAACCUGGCCGCGUUCCUCACAGUAAACAGGAUGGACAAUCCAAUAAGAACAUUUCAGGAUCUUUCCAAACAAAUGGACAUGUCUUACGGUACUGUCAAGGAUUCUGCCGUGUACGAGUACUUCAAAGCCAAAGGGACAAAUCCUUUAGAGCAAGACGGCACCUUUGCAGAACUGUGGAAGACGAUCAGUAAGAAUAAUGGAGCUGAUAACUGUGUCACAAACCCUUCGGAAGGCAUCCGGAAGGCCAAGAAAGGCAGCUAUGCAUUCUUGUGGGAUGUCGCAGUCGUGGAAUAUGCAGCGCUGACUGACGACGACUGUUCUGUGAUGGUCAUUGGAAACAGCAUCAGCAGCAAAGGAUAUGGGAUAGCGCUCCAGCACGGGAGUCCCUAUAGGGAUCUCUUCUCCCAAAGGAUUUUAGAACUACAAGAAGCUGGCUACUUGGAUGUGUUCAAAGAGAAAUGGUGGCCGCGGAUGGGACGCUGUGAUCUGAACAGCCACGCCAGUGCACAGACUGAUGGCAAAGCCCUGCGGCUUCACAGCUUCGCUGGGGUCUUCUGCAUUUUGGCCGUUGGCUUGCUUCUGGCCUGUUUGGUGGCAGCCCUGGAGUUGUGGUGGAGUAGCAACCGUUGUCAUCAAGAGACACCAAAAGAGGAUAAAGAAGUUAACCUGGAGCAGGUCCACAGGCGCAUGAACAGUUUAAUUGAUGAAGACUUAGCUCACAAGCAGCUUUCCCCAGCAUCCAUUGAGAUCUCAGCCUUGGAGAUUGGUGGCAUGCAGCCCAGCCAGACCCUAGAGCCUGUGCGUGAAUAUCAGAACACGCAACUUUCUGUCACCACCUUUUUACCAGAACAAACAACUCAUGGGGCCAGCAGGACACUCACAGGUGCCUCUGGCAGCAACCUGCCAUUGCCCCUGAGCAGUUCAGCCACCAUGCCCUCGAUGCAGUGCAAACACAGAUCGCCGAACGGAGGACUGUUUCGUCAGAGCCCCGUGAAAACACCCAUCCCAAUGUCAUUUCAGUCCGUGCCGGGGGGCAUCAUCCCAGAAGCCAUGGACACAUCCCAUGGGACAUCCAUAUAA